GGUCCGACAAGGAGAAGAAGAGGCAGUUGGAGUUGGCUCGGCAGUUCUUGCAGCGCGAGAUGGGCCAGAACGUCAACCGGGCGUCGCGGGAAAAAAUUCCCAUCAAUUUGACCAAAUCGGAAAUCUCGGACUAUGUAAAGCGCUUCAACUCCCUCGACACCGACAAAAAAGGAUACAUCUCCCUCAACGACCUGCGCAGAUCACUCGAGGUACGAGGCCAAGAUGUACCGGGCGAAAAGCUACACGAGAUUUUAAAAGAAAUUGAUCUAAAUCUCAACGGGCAAGUCGAACUCGAGGAAUAUCUUCAGAUGAUGGCGGCCCUGAAGAGCGGUUCGAUCUCUCACUCCCGCUUCGCACAGCUGGCGCAGAUGGCGGAGGAACACGCCACCAAGAAUGUUAUUUCUGUUGAACGCAGCGGAGGUGGCGUUUAAACUUAGCUAUACUCAUGAAAUUGACUGGGUCAUUGACCAAAUAGUGACCUACUUUCGUACAGCACGAGUAAAUAGCGAACAUAUACCGGUACUGUUAGAAAAAACGGUCCCAUUGGCAUUCUAGUGGCCGGUCGCCC